AUGGCCGCCAGUCUUCGUAUCGACCGGCCGGGGCGGCACCUCUUCCUGUGCUCAGACCAAACAGUGCCCAAGUGCUGCAGCAAGGAGGAAGGUAUCCGCAGCUGGAAUUACCUGAAGAAGAGGUGCAAGGAAUUGGGGCUUGAGACGGCGGAGCUGCCGCUGUGGCGAACCAAGGCCAACUGCUUGCGGAUCUGUGCUAUGGGGCCCGUGGCGCUGGUGUAUCCGGAUCAGGUGUACUACCACAGCUGUAGCCCGGAAGUCCUCGAGCGGAUAUUACAAGAGCAUAUCAUCUGCGGAAGGACGGUGGAAGAAUACCGUAUUACUGUGCCGAAGUGA